AAGUGAAGUUCGCAACAAGUUUGGAAUGUAUGUAUCGUCCAUUUGUGUUGAUUUACUGGGGAUUGAAGGACUUAAACGGUCUUAACAUCAAACAUUCUAAGUUAUAGUUUGGUUCUACCAUGUCCAUUAGUAUUUAAUAUGCAAUUGGCGAAUAUCAUAUAUGAUUGAGAAUGAUAUUUUGAAAUCAACACUCUGAAGUACAUUUACAAUAUAAACAGUGAUAUAUUGAACAGGAUGGCUAUUUACAAGUGAUUAUAAAUAGAGUGGCUACGUGAAUAGUCAGUCCUUGUAACUAUAUCAGUGAUGAAUCAAAAACCAAACAUUAUGUACUUGAUACAUUAUCGCUACAGAACUAAUGCUCUUAGCUAACAUUGGAGAAAAGUAUUAGUGAUGGAGCAGAUAUAUGCUGCAUCAACCAUUUUAUCAUGUCUUGUCUUCAUCUUACAAACACUGUAUACAACAAUAUCCAGUAACAAUAGUGACCAAAAGUGUCAUUACCAUGGCAACGAAAGUGCAUACAGACUUUAUAGUACAAGAACAGUUUAUGGUGUCAUUCAUAAUGAAUCUGCAGAUCUGAAAGAUGACCCACCUCAAGGAUGUGUUGCCCAGGGUGUGUAUAUGGUCAGUCGCCAUGGAACCAGAUUUCCUGUUAUCGAGGAGAUAAAAAGGAUGCAAGCUUUGCUUCCAAAGAUUGAGCAGGACAUAUUACCUCAUCUAAAGAAAGGUCGACUAUGUAGUGAGGAGAUCCAAGCAUUAGAACAGUGGCAUCUUCUCUACCAGUCUCAUGUAGACAUGAACAUGAACCUUGCUGAUGUUGGAAUACAGGAGAUGUAUGGUCUGGGGAAUAGAAUGCAGCAAAUGUUUCCAGAGUUGCUAGAUGUAAAGAAUCACAAUAGACUUGUAUUUAAACAUACAGGCAAACCCAGGGUACAUCAAAGCACUGCAGUUUUUAUACAAGGUCUCUCCAAUGUUGCAGAAUCUUCCCCAGUAGAUGAGGUAACAGAGAGCUUUAAUAUGGAAGAUCUAAGUAAGAACAAAAGACUGCUGGAGUCCAUAGAGGUUUGUAAAAGAAACAAAAUAAGUUUCAAAACACGUGAGGAGGAGCCUAUUAGGAGGUUUGAUGCAGGAUACCAGAUGUUGGACCUCAUUGCUAGUGUAGAGGCACGAUUGGGUCUGCCGCAUGAUACUGUCACCAAUACUGAUAUUGAUGUACUAUAUGAUAUCUGCCGCUAUGACUAUGCCAUAUACAGGGUUUCCCCCUGGUGUGCAAUAUUCAGUAAAGAGAAUCUCAGACUAUUAGAAUAUCGUCAGGAUUUGAAGUAUCAUUGGCGAUAUGGCUUUGCGGAUCCAGUGAACUAUGAGUCAAGUUGUGUGCUUGUAUCUGAUUUGUUGCAGUAUUUUAAAAAUCACAAGUUACAUGCACAUGAGGCUGGACCCCAUGCAUAUUAA